UUUAUUGAUCGUAUACUAGGAAAGAUACAACGUAUGAAAGUAUUUACCAUUAAGACUCAAUUGGUUUUUAAAGGAAUUAUAUGUUUAUUAAAGCAUAUGGUUAUAGUGUGGAGGCAGACUUUUAUUUUGAAAUGUAACUAUACGUAGACAAGCCGGAAGUGGCUUGAACAUGCUUGCAUGUGGGCUCUUAGCAAGUUGACUGCUUUGUAUUUGUUGUAAAGAAGAGUGCAGAAACUGCAGUAAUAAGGUAGAGGUUCUAGCCUUUAGAGACAUCUUCAGAGGCAGAGGCUGAAGAGCUGAAAGUGACAGGUUUCGGGAUGUUACGGCGUCCCAAGCCCACAGACUCGGAGUCGGACUUGCUCCAGGAGCAGGAGCGCUUUUUAGCCUCUGGGAGCACGCCAGCGGCCAGUGUGACACGCAGGGCAGAUAAGCGCAGAGGGGACAAUGCUUCGGCAGGCAGUGAUGAGUCUCAUGUGAAUCCAAGAGAUGUUGUGACGAUAGCAGAUCUUCCUGAUGAGCUGCCUAUGUUGACCCCUGCGCCACCCAAGAAAUCAUGUUCCAAAAAAGAGCGUGUGCGUUUUGAGAAUGAAGAUCCAGAGGAGCUGUUGGAAAGACAUGACACCCACAUCAGUGCUGUCCUCUCAAGGAUUGUUGAGAGAGACACUAGUGCUGUACCAGUGUUACUCCCAGCCUUCACAAGCACAGCUUUCCCCAAAGUCCUGCAUCGCUCUACAGGCAACAAGCAGGGAACAUCACUUGGAGGUCGGAAAAGUAUUUUUGCACGUCAUAUUGCUGCACAGAAGGCUAAAACAGGAGGUGAAAAGAAGAAUGAGUCAAAGGUCAGCAACACGCAGGCCUCUGAAUCUAAUCCUGCCCAAGGCACCGCUGAUGGUCCCUUACUGGUGUCAGGUCAGGGCCUUGGUCCAGACAAAGCUGAGGAGACACUAAAGAUCCAUCAGGAGAACGAAGCCAGGCUGCAAGGAAUGUCUCAGAGUGAGAUUUUGGAGGAGCAGAAAUUGUUGUUGGCCCAGCUAGAUCCCAGACUGGUGGAUUUUGUAAGGUCACGGAAAGCUCAGAAUGCCUCAUGUUCCAUGUCCUCUUCUAUUGAGAAAUCAGUUUAUCCUGACCAGUCUUUACCUGAGAGCAAAGCUCUAGCACCUCACUACUCAGACUCAGUACCAGACUCUCAGGAGUUUACAAUGGAUACUGAUGAAGAGGAUGAAACUGAACCUACUAACCAUCAUCCAAUUACUGUGGAACAGCUACCAAUCAAGCCUGAGAAAGAGUGGCUACACAUGGGCAAACUGGAACCAGAGAAACUGGAAUGGAUGAGGGAUUUGCCUGCCCCUAGGAAGCAGGGCACCAAACAGGCCAUGCAGGCACGAUUCGACUUUUCUGGCAUCCUUCUGCCCCCCACAGAAGACUUACCUACUCAUCUCGGCCUACAUCAUCAUGGGGAGGAACCGGAGUUGGCAGGCUACUCGCUGCAGGAACUUUUUCUCCUCUCUCGCAGUCAGGUGACCCAGCAGAGGAGCCUGGCUCUGAACACUUUGGCCCACAUCCUGUCAAAGGCCCGUGCUGGCGAGUACUCAUCAUGCCUAAAAGGCAAUGUGCUGGCCUCCUUGCUUGAUGCUGGGCUCCUCUUUCUGUUACGGUUCUCUCUGGAUGACAGCGUGGAGGGUGUAAUGUCUGCGGCUGUGCGUGCCCUCCGAGCGUUGCUAGUUUCCGCUGAAGAUGAGAAGAAUCUGGACAACAUGUUUCCCUGGCUGCUAGGGAUGGCAGCUUUCCCCUUGGUGCCCCAGAUUCACAAGGAGGAGGAUGAAGAUGAUGAAGGUCUGAAUGAGUCUACAAAGGAAACAGAGAAAGGGAAGGAAGAGAGAAAAUUAGAUUAUGAUGUCGCUCAACAGGAUGUUCUGAAGGGUUUGUUGAAGAUGCAGCUUCUGCAGCGGCUGCGGUACAUUCUUGAGGUGGUGCGACCUUCACCCCAGACAGUUCUUGAUAUUCUGGGGGUUCUGAUCCGAAUUGCUCGUCACUCAACCUCUGCGGCCACACAGAUCCUUGAUUGCCCCCGGCUAAUUGAGACCUUGAUGUCAGAUUUCUUGCCUUGCUCAUGGACCCCACUGACCUCACCAGCCCCGCUUUCUUUAUAUGGGUUGCCUGUUUCCACGGCAAUGAAGCUCCUUCGUGUGUUAGCAAGCGCCGGCAGGCACGCCUGUGCCAGAAUACUCAGCAAUCUAGGUGGAAAGGAGCGUCUGUCUCGGUUCUUGUCAGUGGAACCUUCAGAGCUUCUGCUGGAGUCUGGGGAGAAUAUAUGCUGUAGCACAGAGGCUCUGAGGCUCUGGGCUGUGGCUGCAAGCUACGGGCAGGCCUGUAACCUGUACAAAGAUAUGUACCCAGUGCUGGUGAAGGCAUUGCAGGUUGCACAUAAGCCCUGUGCUCCCUCUGAGGCUCUGCUGGUCCUGGAGCUCCAGAGAGUGAAGGCCCUGCUAGUGUUGCUCACUCAGGUCACACACACUGCCGGCUGCCACCAGGAGUUACAAAGUGGACUGCUGAGCUCUCAGUGGGACGAGUGUCUCCCCCCGCCCCCAGUGACAUGGAGUCAUGUGUCUGGGUUGCAGCCCAAUCUGACUGGCAUCCUGAAAGGCUGUGUGAGAAAGCUUGAUGACCCAAGUCAAAGGUCAAGCACCCUAAGCCUACUGCCGUCUUACCUGAUCUACAUGGGAGCGUAUUACUCUCAGUUCAGUGUGCAGAGCUCGUUCCAGCCAGUGCAGUGCCUUCAGGAACUAGAGGCCCUGACUACGGAGGUGCUCCUUCCUCUCAUAUCCAAUCAGGUCUUUCACAACAUGAUGGGCAGCCUCAGGUCAAGCUCAGUGAUAUGUAAACCUGGUUUGAGCACUUCAGACCUGGAGGAUGUUCCCAGUCUGCCAGGCUUGGGUAGCUCCAGGGUUAAGAUUACCAGCCUGUUAGGACCUGAAUUUCCUCUUCCACUCUGUACUGCUCUCUUCUAUUUACUGGACAUCAUCAUGACCAUCCACCAUGGCUUAACCAAGAGUUUCAGCUCUCUCAUCCGUUCGGACUCCGUGCUGGUUUACCUGCAGUCUUGUGUUGGAGCGAUGCCCUCGGUGUCUCAUGCCAGUGCCUGGAUUUUACGCCACGAGCACCACUUUCUCUAUCUGGUACUCAGGCUGGCUCACAGACUGGUUCCUGCUGACCCAGAGGUGAAGAAACAUGCUUCUCUGUUUCACCAAGUUGCCUUGGCUCUGCUCUCUUGGCUGUUGCCUGGAAGUGAAUAUCUGGCACAUGAACUUGUAUCUACCAUGAUCUUCAAUCAGGACCUCUUUCCUGAGGCUGGGAGUGGAGGUCCAGAAGCAGUGACCCUGGCAGAGCUACGGCUUCAGGAGAUGUCCAGUCAUUCACCCAGCCCUGGUCCCCUCCUCCGUCAUUCCCUUGCCCAGCUUCCCUCAAUCCGUGCCUGCUACCUCACCCACCUUGCCUACCUGGAGCCUGCUGUGAUCACUUCCCGUGAGCGACACCUUGGUCGUAACCCCUGGCUUUCUUCUCAGCUCCUCCCUGAACUCUCAGGCCCCUCGCUGCCUUCUGAUUGGGCCUUUCUGCCUCUAGUCAGCCUGUACGAGCGAAUAGGAGUGUCUCAGGGCGGUGGGCUACGGGCCGAAUCGCUGCCUGCCGGCUCUGUGCAGUCACUCACUCAUUGCCUGCAGUGGCUUCUUGUGCUUGAGAGCUUUAGGGAGCGAGCACUACAGCUGGUGCCACCUGUGGCCAAACUGGCACGUCUGGUCUGCAUCUUCCUGUGCUCUAGUGAUAUCUUCCUGGAGAGACCAGUGAAGGAGCUGACAUGGGCUCUGCUGCGAGGGCUGACGAGACCUGGACAUUUAGAAGCUCUGGAUCUGAGCUUACCACCUCCAGGCUUAGCCUCCUUCCAUGACCUCUACUCCGCACUGCUGGCUCAGUACGAGGCUGUGUCCUUUGGUGACUCACUCUUUGGCUGCUUCAUACUGUUGCCACUGCAGAGGCGAUACAGUGUGUCGAUGAGAUUGGCUGUGUUCGGCGAGCAUGUCUCAAUUCUGCGCUCACUUGGGGUCUCGCUGGAGCAGCUGCCCAUUGCUCUGGAGAAAUUUACUUCCCCUGCUGAAGACUCGCAGCCUUUGCUGCGGUUGUAUUUCCGAGCUUUGGUGACCAGAGCUCUGAGGAGGAACUGGUGCCCUGUGCUGUACGCUGUAGCUGUUGCCCACCUCAAUGCCUUUAUAUUCUCCCAAGAUGCUGUGCCACAGGAGGUGGAGACUACUCGCCGGAGUCUGCUGAGAAAGACAUACUACCUGACAGAUGAGGUGUUGAAGAGCCACCUGCUGCUUUUCCGCCUACCCCAGCAGCACAGUGAGCUGGGCUUCAGCACUUACGAGCAGCUGCCUCCCAUUCGUGCCUGCAGGCUCCAAAGCGUAAUAGAAACCAAGGAAGGAAAUGACUGAGACAGAUGAGCAUGCACAGGCUCAGAUCUGUGGAGCAAAUCCACAGCCUUCAAGAUGCUGUGACAAAAUAAGACUGAAUUUUGUUUUGUAAGAAUAUUUUCAGUGUUCAAAGUAGCAUUUCUCAGAUUUGUCCCUUUAAGAGUGGGAUUUAAAGUUUGAUUCUCCCUGUUAAGUAGUAUCACAUAUUCACUGAUUGAUUUAGACAGGAGGAGAAAAGAAAAGCGAUGCUGAACUGAGGCAGGAAAUGAAGAUCUCCCUGGUGAAGACAAAUGGCUCUGAUUAAGGGCAGAGCAGAAGAUUUAUCUUGUAUUGCGCUAAUGUCAAAAUCUGUUGGAGAAGCAUGUUCAGCAUGUUUUUCUCUUCCCUAUAUAUGGCUAUAUCAAACAUCGCAAAGACUUGACUUAAUUUUCUGCACUAAAAGUAGAGGCUAGACCAGGGGUAGGCAAUCUUAUCCAGAAAGGGCCGGUGUGGGUGCAAUUUUUCAUUCCAACCAAGCAGGAGGCACACCUGAUUCCACCUGUUUAAUCAGUUGGUCUUGGCUUUCAAUAGAUUCAGGUGUGGCUUCUGCUUGGUUGGAAUGAAAACCUGCACCCACACCGGCCCUUUUUCCGGAUAAGAUUGCCCACCCCUGGUCUAGACCAAAGCCUGUGAAAAACCUAUUUGGAAAAUGCCCACAGGCCAUUACAAAUAAAGGUCUUAACUUAAGAUUUUUAUGUUUCACAAUCUGGAUUUUAUGAAGUUGUCCUCAUCCAUAUCAUAGCAACGUUUCCAUUGAUUUACACCAUGGCUGUUUUUUUCGGGGUUUUUUUUUUUUGGAUGUGUCACUAACAUCUUUCUCAAACAGUUAGCCGAGGCACAAAGUACAUUUAUGCGACCCUUCUGCUCUGAACUGUAAAUAGCCAUAAAUUACAUCACUGAGCAUUGACCAUUUCCUUUACUCCUAAGAGUUUCAGGCGCUAUUAAUUGAUUGCUUGACCUUGAAUCCGAAGCUCUGGGACUUAUGAUGACGUAGGUAUGACACAUUCUCCAGCAACUACUUUGUUCUUCUGAAACAUGUUAAUCGUUUUCUCUUCCACUUUUUCAAUGCAUCUUGUAUAAACAGAAUAAGUGAAUCAUAGCAUGGUUUCUAGUUUAUCUAUCAGUUGCCCAUUCAUUUGUGCUUGGAUAAUAGUGUGUUUUAUACAUAUUUUUUUUAUUCAGAUAGGUUACCGGUGUUUCAGCUUUCUUGCAUUGGAAAAUGGUGGGCUUUUUAUCCCCCCCCCUUUAUUAUUAUUAUUAUUAUUAUUAUUAUUAUUAUUAUUAUUAUUGCUUAUUCAAGAAUCCUGGUGUUA